UAUUAGUUUACAACAUAUCCAGUGCUACGCAAUUUCGUUACCAAAUUGUGAAACAUGGCGCCGCAGCUGAGCUUCUCGGUCCGCCGGCACAGCCCCGUUCUGGUGGCUCCAGCCGACCGCACUCCGCGCGAGCUGAAGCGCUUGUCGGACAUCGACGAUCAGCAGCUUCUCCGCGUCCAAAUCCCCAUUUUCCACUUCUAUCGGCGGGACCUUUCGGCGGGGGCGAAGGACGAGGACCCUGCGGGGGUCAUACGGGAUGCUCUCGCCCGAGCGCUCGUGUUCUACUACCCCUUUGCAGGCCGGCUCAGGGAAGGGCCUGACAGGAAGCUCGUCGUGGAUUGUACUGGAGAGGGGGUGCUAUUCGCCGAGGCUGACGCCGACGUCCGCCUUGAGCACUUCGGCGAGGAACUGCUUCCUCCGUUCUCAUGCCUGGAUGAGCUCGUCGUCGACAUGGAUGACUGCAGUGACAUCAUCAACUCUCCCUUGCUGGUGUUUCAGGUGACUCGGCUGUUAUGCGGGGGCUUCAUCCUGGGCAUGAAAUUCAACCAUGUCAUCUGCGACGGUUGCCGGCUGGUGCAGUUCUUGACAGCAGUAGCAGAGCUAGCUCGGGGCCUUCCCGGCGCCCCCACCGUGCGCCCCGUGUGGGCCCGCGAGCGCCUGGAGGCGCGCNCGUGCCCCACCCACCCCCACCCGGAGUAUCGGGACGUCGACCCUCGUCCUCUCUCCUUCCACCCUCUCGACAGCGCAACUUUCCGCGUAUUUUCCUUCGGCCCCCGCGACAUCCCUGCCCUCCGGAACCGCCUUCCCCUCGGCCAACGCGACGCCUUCACGACCUUCCAGCUCCUCACGGCUUUCAUCUGGAAAGCCCGCGUAGUCGCACUUCGCCUCCCGCCGGAGGAGGAGGCCACCCUCGCCGCCGCCGUAGACGCUCGCAAAAGACUCAGCAGGCGGCUGCCAGCCGGUUACUACGGCAAUGUCCUUGCCUUCCCGGCGGCGACCACCACCGUAGAGAAGCUCAGCAAAAACCAACUCGGCUACGCUGCGGAGCUAAUCAAGAAGGCGGUGGGCGCCGUCGACGACGAGUACGUCCAGUCGACGGCAGAUUUGUUGGUGCUGCGAGGGCGGUCGCAUGCGAUGGGUGUGAAUCCGUUCUUCGUGUCGAACUUGACGCAUUUGGGGCUCGAGAAAGUAGAUUUCGGCUGGGGGAGGGCGGUGUUCGCAGGUCCCGCUGCCGGGUGGCCGGGGCCGGUGGGGUCCCUGUGCAGCUUCUACCUUGGAGGGAAGAAUAGCAAUGGCGAGCCCGUGAUCGUUGUGCCGAUUCGAUUGCCAGCUCAGGCUAUGGAGAGGUUUGCGGCGGAGGUUGAUAGGCUGAUGAAUGAGUCGGCCGGAACGGAAAAACGGCAAGAUCGCAUUUCCUCCUCCUCCUCUACCGAUACUGCCAUCAAGCCUGCACUUUAAAUAAGGCUACGUUUGUUCACAGUCGCAUCAAAAUAUUUAGAAUAAACUUCAAAUACUAUCACUGUAGUUUUAUGCUUUCUCACUUUAAUAUCUUUUAAUUUAAAAUAUAUUACUUUAGUACCCUAUAAUUUUAUUUUUUUCUUUUCGUCCGUACCUCCGUUAACUCUCCGUUAAAGCAUAUAUAAAAAAAAUUUUAAGAUAUCCCACCUAUGGUUUGCCGAGUAUUCAUUUUAGUCCUCUGUAGUUUACCGAAUUUUCAUUUUAGUAUCCUAUAGUUUUAACUUUGUUAUUAAUUGAACAGAAAAAUUAUCGGAGGGGAUAACGAAAAGAGAAAAACAAAACUAUAGGGCAUUAGAGUGAUAUAUUUUAAACUAUGAGAUAUUAAAGUGAGAAAGCGUGAAAUCACAGGAGUAUUAUUUAAAGUUUUUUAUAAUAUUUAUAAAUAAUAUAAAAUAAUGUAAUGUAAGCAUUUAGUUAGAAUAUAUUUAAAAUUAUCACUAUUCACAUACUUUUAUCCAUGGGUCUACUACUGUGCCACUUACUCUUACUAAAUUUCAAGCAUCCAAGGAUUAUAGAGGGUGGAAGUAUGUGAAUAGUAAUAUUUUUGAAAAUAUUCUAGCAAAAUUUAUAAUGCAAUAUGACGUGAUAUAAAGUUUAGUUAUUAUACUCUUAUGAGUACAAUGUAUAUUUGUAUUCUUAAAUAAUUUUGGGUGAUAAAGCUCCCAAAUA